AUGUUUGAUUCAAAGUAAAAUAUUACAAAUUAUUUGGAAAAAAAUGGUUUUAAUAAGAUUCAAUUCUAAGCAAAUCAACAAGAUUAAUAUUCAAAAGAUACUAAGAAUUUAAUCCAAGCUUGGAAUAGUUAAAAAAAAUAAUAAGCAUUUAUCAAGGUAAUAGAGGUUAGAAAUCCACAAUAAACAAUAGAUCGAAUUAAAAUGGUUUAAAAUUUUGAAACAAAGUUUAUUCAAAAAUAUGAUAAACCACCAGAAAUAAUUGAUAAUGGAUUGAUAGUAUAUUCAAAUAGCUUUCAAAAAAAUGGAAAUUUAAAAAAUUAUUAGUAAAAAAAGCAAUUAAAUAUAGAUAUAGUUUAAAGAUUAGCCUGUAAAAUACUUAUAGGAUUAGAUUGCUUACAUAAAAAUAAACUUUUUCAUGGAAGAUUUAAAAUUGAAAAUGUUCUUAUGGAUUAAAAUGAAUCUAUUUUGCUUACGGAUUAUUGUAUACAAGAUAGUGAUGAUUUUUUCUUGGAAAAAGAAUAAAAUCAUUUUAAUCAAGAAAAAAAUAUUUUUGAAAAUUUGAAUGUUUCUAUUGAAGAGAUGCAGAGCUAAGAUUUGUACAGGGCAGGAGUUUUAAUAAUUAGCCUAUGCGAUUUGUUAAGAGAAAAAGAAUAAAAUUUAGAUCAAUAACUAAGAUACAACACGAAAAGAUCUUAUUAUUUGUAAUAAAUAGCCAACAAUCUUGUUGACUAGGAUAAUCUCAGACUUUUUAAUUUAUAAUUUACUUUAGAAAAAUUAGAUUAUUUUGAAGGAAUCUAUUAAUCUUUUUUGUUUGGUUUAAAUACUUAUGAAGGAGAGAUGUAAAAUAAUAAAAAACAUGGAAAAGGUGUUUUCAAAUAUUUUAUUGGUGAUUUGGUAUUUGGAGUUUGGGAGAAUGAUAAAUAUACUGGGAAUGGAGUAACUUAUUAUUAAAAUGGUGACAUUUCAGAUAAGAGAGAUAAUAAUUAUAUUAUGUAUUGGAAAAAAUCAUAAUGUAUGAUCGAAGGAGUAUAUUCAAAUGAUCAAAAAGCUAUCUAAGGAACCUACUUCAUUGAUGGUAGCUAAUGGAAAGUAACUUAUAUAAAUAAAAAAUUCUAAGGCUAUUCAGAAAUUUAUUAUAAAAAUAAUGAGAACUUAUUUAAAGGAAAUUUAAAGGAUAGUUAAUAGCAUGGCUAUGGUGAAUUAUUUUGGAAGGUAAAUCAAGUAUUCAAAGGAAAAUUCUAAAAUAAUCAAAUUGAUGGUUUAGGGCAAUUUAAACUCUAAGAAGGAAGUGAAUAUUUUGGAUAGAUGAAAUACAAUAAGUUUCAUGGUUAUGGAAAAUUAUACUGGAAUAUAGGUAGUUAUUAUGAAGGAUAAUGGGUUAAUCACCAAAGAUAAGGAUAUGGAAAAUAUUAUGACUAUUUUAGUGGUUCUAUUUACGAAGGUAUGUUUUAAACAAGCUAAUAAGAUGGUGAAGGUAUCCUUAAAUAAUAAAAUGGUACCAUAAAAUAUGGAUUGUGGUAAAAAGGUAUUUAUGUUUAAGGAUCUGACAAGCAAGUUGAUUUAGAGUAGCUUAAGUAAAAAUUUUUAAAUUUAAGUCUUUCUUUACAAAAAAGUAUGCGUUGA